AUCUGUGCUGUACAUAACAAGUCGUUUCUCCUUCAACAGAUUCAUGGAUGAAUUAGCUUUGGAAGAUGCUUUGGGUCCUGAUUUUUCAAAUGCUAACAAACUCCAGUCUGGUGGUGUGAGCCCACAGCCUGGAUGGCCGAGCCCACAGCCUGGAUGGCCGGGCCCACAGCCUGGAUGGCCGGGCCCACAGCCUGGAUGGCCGAGCCCACAGACUGGACCGGGAGGCCAAAUGCCUCCUGCUUCUGGUUCACCUGGAGCCCCUAAUCAGCCUGGGCAAGGAUAUGCCACAUUGCCAGUACCUUAUGACCUUCCUAUCCCAGGAGGUUGGCAGCCAGGGAGAAUGGUCAAGGUAGUUGGAACUGUCAAAAUGAAUGCUGAAAAAUUUGUCAUCGACGUGUGCUCUGGCCAGGAUAUUGUGUUUCAUUUCAGUGCUCGUUUUAGGGAGGCUGGCUUUAAUCAAGUAAUGGUUCGUAAUUCCAGAAUCAGUAAUGAUUGGGGUACAGAAGAAAGGGAUGCACCAAGGUUUCCAUUUAAAUAUGGAGAACGAUUUGAAGUUCUGAUUCUUGGUGAACCAAACCAAUACAAGUUGGCUGCAAACAAUCAACAUUUGUUGGAGUUCAAACGUCGUUACAAAACUUUGCAAGAUGUUACAAAGGUUUCCACCUACGGUGAAAUUGAUCUACAUGCAAUGUUAAUGAUAUAAACACCAAAAAAAUUAUUUGAAUGUUAUCUCCAGCACUUACUGAAUAUACAUACAUAUAUAUUUUUCUGUUCAUUAUUUUCUAUCCAAACUAAUGGCUGAUUUGGAUUGAUUAAAAAGCUGUAACAUAAUUGAGUAUUCCGACAGAUUCCCAAACUUAGAAUGAAGACUUUUAUUAAUUGCAUUUACUUUACAAUUCUGCUAUCAUUGAAUCUGUCUGAGAAAACCAGAGAGUUAUUAUAACAGGCCAUUCAGACCAUUGAGUCUAUGGGAGUAUUUUCCCCAAAUAAAAUGGCUUGCUUUUCCUGCUU